GGCCGCCACGGCCAGCGGGCCGCCUCCCGCCAUGGACGCCGUCAUGCAGGCGCUCACCUCGCUGCGCCUGGAGCGGUACGCCCGGGCCUUCGAGGAGCUGGGCUGGGACGACCUGGAGUACAUGCAGACGCUGGACGACGAGGAGAUGCGUGGCCUCGUCAACGACGUGGGCAUGAAGCCGGGACAUGCUAGCAAGUUCGACAAGUUCCUCAGGUGCAUCGGCGGCCGCGGGGGCUCCUCGUCGGCGCUCUACGGGAGCGAGCAGUCGGCAGACUCGUCCUCGAAGUACGUCGGCGGCGCGGUCGCCCAGCGCUCGCACCCGGCGAUCUGUGGCGUGACACCGCUGCCGCAGGACCCGCCGGCUGUCCAGAAUGACGGGUUCCGACAGUAUGGGCACAGCGGCCCGCCGCUUGAUGCGGCGCAGGGGGGCUUCGGCCUCGAGCUCACCGGCGGGGGGCAGCUGCCGGCGGGCCACGGCCCUCUUUUUGGCGGUGCUGCGGCAAGCAGCGGCGCCACCAAGAUGGGAAACGAGAUGGUCGUUCUCGAGCAGGGCACCUUCCCGCCCGCCGCCCUCUUCGCGAAUGACGUCGAGGGGUCAGACGUGGACGCCGGGGGUCCAGACCUCAUGAGUGAGCCCAUGAAGAUCCCAUUCGGCUUGGACCAGGUGAUGAAGGACAGCAUGCUGGAUCAGCAACCCGCGGCGGGCUCGGGCGCCGACAACCACGCGCUCAUGAUAUGCAACAUCCCAUGCAGCGUCACACACGCGCAGUUGAAGGUGGCCGUUGACGUCAUGGGUUUUGCCGGCCAGUACGACUACGUUUAUCUACCAGAGAAGAGGCGCUUCCGCAAGGUAGAGUCCGCAGGCCGCACGUCGAACCCCGGCUACGGCUUCAUCAGCUUCUCGGACUCUCGCAACGCAAAGGAGUUCGUGAAGCGCUUCACUGGCUACAUAUUCCCGGGCACCUCGUCCCUGAAGGUCUGCGAGGUGCGGCGGGCAAAGCAGAACAUCACGCCCACCAUGCUGGACCCAGGUGUCGGGAGCCAGACGCCCCCGUGGUUGGGCCAGCCCUCGGCGUCGGGCCGUGCGGGCGACGAAGGCACCAGUCGAUGGGGCCCUCCGCUGGCCACCCACCUGGCCGGGUUCUCGGCCCCCCUGGGCCACGCGUCGCAGGCGCCGCCUUUUGGUGGGCUGGUUGGCCCUCCAAGCCAGUGGGCUGAGCCAAGAUGGACCGCGGGAACGGAGGCCGACCUCACCGCGGCUGGCGCGGUCAUUCCGGGCAGGAAAGGUGAGGGAAGCGAGUUCGGCGAUUGGUGGCGGUGCGCUCUGAAUUCCAAGGACUUCAAUGAUGCCGACCGGCAGACGGAGCUAGAGACGUCAGCACGCCUUUCCUCCUCGGGGACGCAUGAGGGGCAGGACACAGACAUGGUGCCGCCGUACAGCGUCCAGUCGAGACCCAUAACGACUCUAAUGAUCUGCAACGUCCCCUGCAGUAUCUCGCAGCAGCAGCUCUCAGAGGCCGUCGACUCGAUGGGAUACGCAGGCAAGUACGACUUCCUCUACCUGCCGGUGAAGGGCCGGCCGUCCAAGUCUGGGCAGUCGGUGCGGCGCUCCAACCUGGGCUACGGCUUCAUCGACUUCCCCUGCCCUCUGGAGGCGCAGAGGUUCAUCAAGAGCUUCACGGGCUACCAGUUCGCCGGCACCACCUCGGUCAAGCGCUGCGAGGUGCGGGCCGCCCACAUGCAGGGGUCGGCGAGCCACCAGGCCGCGGCCCGCACGCCGAGCUCGGCGUCCCUCCCGAUGCCCGGUGCCUGCGGGGGCGCCGACUCCGCGGCCGCGGCAGCGCCCGCCUAGCCGGGGGGGCGUGGGGAGGAGGACGAAGACGCCACUGCCGCCGCACAGGUGGCGAGACGCUGGGCAGCUCAGGCCUUCGGCUCGGGCGCCGGAGCCGCUCCCAUGCCCGGCAGGGUCCCGGGCAGCUCGGGGGCACUAUGGGGGGCCCCUGCAGAACGACAAGGUGUGAGCAGAAUGGCCCCAUCCGAUUGGUGUGAGUACAAUGGGGGCGCGCAUCAAGAAACCGUCUGAGUUUCGUCAGGGUACCCUGGGUUGCUUCGUUCCGCGCGCUGCGCGAUGACUUCCUGCGGCCGUCAAAGGAGCUGAUUCGUUCAGGAUGCUCGGGUUUUUCCCUCAGGUGCACCUCGCGCGCGGGUUUCCAGGGUUGGGUUUCUUGCGAGGGUUUCUUGCGACCGCGCCCGCACUGUAGAAGUGGUGCUUCAGAAUGCACCGAUCGCGACAGGUACUGUUUUCGUCGCCACCGAGAUAGGCGACCUUCUGAUAAGACAAGGCUGCUCAGAAGCCGUCCAGCCUACAACACCCCUGUCCUUUUCGGGAAGUACGCUGCAGGUUAGGUUGCUCCCAUGUCUUUGUGCACGUUAGCAACUGAUGCUUCUUGCACGGCUGUGCGCAGAACCCCCGAGAAUAGUAUGUGUGGGUGCGCGUCGAUGUUUCUGCAGACAGUGCUCGAACAAAGGGGUUUUAUCUUGGUUUGGAGUUGAUCGGAUAGAUAACUUCCAAGUUCCGCUAUUGCCUUGGUGUUUUGUGGGUGGUCCUGUACGAGUGGGAGCCUCUGAGUUGCGGCUUACUGUUGUUGCAUAGGUGCCCUAAGGUUUGUACACUCUGGUUGGUAUGCUGUGUUCCCUUAGUUGUUUGUGGCUUCUCUGUCUUGCCUUGUUGCUUCAUAGGCCUCCGUUUACUGUGCAGGCAGGGGGGAAUGCAGCAGGGAAAGAGAUGGUGACAGUAAUGCCUGAUUGUAUGUAACUGUGAGCCCCUCGCCCUAACCAGAGCAAGAAAAUCGCCCCCUCGGCGACGAUCGCGAUGGCUUCCAAACCCACAGCUUUCUUUCAUUUGAGCACCGCGGUCCUUCUUCCACAGAGCUUCAAGAUGUAACGAGAUGACUCCCAGAGACCUGCAACCAAGUACAGCGCAGGUGGCCCCAACAUACCCUCAGCAUGGCCUCACACACAAGGCACAAGGUUCCUCCUGCGACCUUCGGGGGCUCGCAAGCAUUGGAAUGCUCAUACGUUCUGACUUGGGGCGGGGUCAGUGCGGCGCUGGCCGAGAGUGGGCCACAUCAUGUUCUGCAGAUUUCGACGUCCGCUUCGUAGGUUCAGCCUCCUCAGGGAGCUUCGAGUGGGCAGUUGAGAAGUUUCGCUUGAUAGUAACAAUAUUUUGAGCCAGUGUUCGCCUUCGGAGCGGGCGCCCAUAGACCAGAUUUGACGAUUGCUCUCCCAAGUUGGUGGCUUGCGCAUGGGCCCCUUCUGUGAUCAGUCGUGUGAGCGCGCGGAGGAGGGG